CUCCCGGCGCGUGGGGGGACACUGCCUGACAAGCUGAUUGGCUGCCGCGCUAACAGGCGGGAACGGCCGCGGGCGGAUGGGGAUCCCGAGCCCGGAAGAACCGCGACCGGGAGCAGAAAGAGGACCUCGCCAGUUUCGUUUUAAGUGAGCUUCGUUCUUUUAGGCCUAUCGUGCAUAGUAUCUUCGAAAGUACAGAUAAGCAGGCCCAGAAGGAGAAAUCUCCCGCCACCACUAAGACACUCACGUGUUUAAAGCCCGGGCUCUUCACUCGCAAAGUUUCGAGGGGGGGAGGCGGCGUCGUCACCAUUGGCUGGAUGUGCCAGCUCGCCUAGCGUUUAUCAGCUCGCCUUUCAAACUGGGAACAACAAGGAUCCUGCAAAGUUCUAAGCAGCGCACCUGGUUGCAGAAUAAACAUGGAGAAACAUUAUUCACGUUUGGCGAUAAAAUCGUCUUAUUCAGACUUGGUCAUCAAUGUAGGAAAAGUAACUCUUGGUGAAAGUAACAGAAAAAAGCUGCAGAAAGUUCAGAGAGAGAAAGAGAAGGCGAAAGUGAUCCAGGCUGCAUGUGCUUUAUUAAACUCAGGAGGAGGAGUGAUUCAACUGGAAAUGGCAAACAACGAUGAAAAUCUCGUGGAGAUGGGACUGGAUUUAGAAGAAGCUUUGAGAACACUUAUUCUGUUUUCAAAUCUGCAAGCUUUCUUCAAGACAAAGCAACAAGGGAAGUGUUACUACAUUUUUGUGAAGUCUUGGAGCACCGACGCUUUCCCUGAAGACAUUUCUGUUAAGCCCCGCAUUUGUAGCCUGAGUUCUUCGUUAUACUGUAGAUCUGGCACUUCUGUGUUUCUCAUGGAUUCAGGAAAGGCAUUCAGUUUCCUGAAAACCAAGAAAACAAAUGCAAAAAGCUCAGGGAAAGAGCCUUUUGGUGAAAUUUCCAAGGUUAUACAUCCAGACCUCCAUGACGUGGAUCCUACUUACUGUGUUCUUCAAAAAGACCAUUUUGAACAUGGUGAAGUCAUGCCUUUUCCCGAGUCUCAAUUCAUAGAGUUUAAGCAGUUUGCUACAAAACACAUUGAACAAUAUACGAAAGACACGAUUCUAGAGUAUAUCCCUGCAUUUGCAAACACUGAAGGAGGCUAUCUUGUUAUUGGUGUGGAUGAUAAAAGUAGGAAAGUUCGGGGAUGUGCUAAAGAAAAUGUUGACCGUGACUCUUUGAAAAAGAAAAUAGAAGAAGCAAUACAAAAAUUAUCUUGUGUCCAUUUUUGCCAAUGUCAAUGCCAGAUAGAUUUCACAGUCAAAAUCUUGGAUGUGUUAGACAAGGGAGAGUUAUAUGGCUAUGCUUGUGUGAUCGGAGUGAAGCGAUUCUGUGGUGCAGUGUUCUCAGGUGUUCCCAGUUCGUGGAUGGUGAAGGAUAAGGAGGUUUGCAGCCUGACAACUGAGGAAUGGCUAAGCAUGAUGAUGGAUACAGAUCCAGAUCUUAGGCAGCUGUGCAAAGACUUUGAAUCUCAGCUGAGCCUGUCUAACAGCCCUCCUCAGAGCAGACCAGUGUACUCCAAGAAAGGUCUGGAACAUAAGAAGGAUCUCCAACAACGCUUAUUUCCAGUGACACCAGGAUGUCUGAAAUACACCCCUGAAUCUCUCCAGAAGGAACUGUUCUUGCAGAAUGAAGGUUUGGAGGAAUUAAUACAUAGGCAAAUAGACCCAUUCUCCCAGGGAAUUUUAAUCCUUUCUACAAGCUGGGCUGUGGACCUGAACUUGGAAGAGAAGCCAGGAGUCAUCUGUGAUGCUCUGCUGAUAGCGCAGAACAGUCCUCCCAUUCUCUACACCGUCCUCAGGGAGCAAGACGCAGAGGGGCAGUCCUAUUGCACUCGCGUGGCGUUCACGCUGAAGCAGAAGUUGGUGAACAUGGGAGGCUACACUGAAAAUCUGUGUAUCACGACCAAGGUCCUCCACCUGAGUCCCGAGAGCAGUGCAGAGUCCUCGGCGGGUUCAGGCUCUGUGAUUGAUUACCCCAGUUCCUAUCACCUAGCAGACACUCAGCAAAUGGAAGCUUUGCUGCAGUCGCUUGUGAUCGUCUUGCUUGGCUUCCGGUCUCUCUUGAGUGACCAGCUCGGCUGUGAGGUUUUAAAUCUGCUCACAGCCAAGCAGUAUAAGAUCUUCUCAAAAAACCUGCGCAAGAGCAAAGAGUUGUUUAUCCAUGGCUUACCUGGCUCAGGGAAGACGAUCAUGGCCAUAAAGAUCAUGGAGAAGAUCAGGAACACAUUUCACUGUAAGACGAAUGAAAUUCUCUACACUUGUGAGAACGAGCCUUUGAAGAAUUUUAUCAGGGACAAAGAUAUCUGCCAGGCAGUGACCCGGAAGAGCUUCAUGAAAUAUGACUUUACACACAUUCAACACAUCAUCAUCGAUGAAGCUCAGAAUUUCCGCGCUGAAGAUGGGGAUUGGUAUAGAAAGGCGAAAACCAUAACUCAGAGAGACACGGAUUGCCCAAGAAUUCUGUGGAUCUUUCUGGACUACUUUCAGACCAGCCACAUGGAGUGCAUCGGCCUCCCUGCUCUCUCAGCCCAGUAUCCAAGGGAAGAGCUCACCAGAGUGGUACGCAAUGCAGGUCAAAUAGCCGGAUACCUACAACGUGUAUUGCAGAGGGUCAGGAAAAAUCCUCCACGUAACAUCCCUCAUGAGCCCCUGAAGAUGUGUCUUGAAGCUAAAUGGGCUUGGGAUGUUCAGGGAACCUUAAAUAUUAAGAAGAACUUAACUCUGAAUGCAAUAGUGACGCAUGUGGCAGACACAUGCAAGCUUCUCUUUGAAAGGGGCUAUUCUCCCAAGGAUGUUGCUGUGCUUGUCAGCACCACAAGAGAUGUGGAGAAAUACGAGCAGGAGCUCUUGAAAGCAAUGAGGAAGAAAAGGAUAAUGUGUCUCACCAAUGCGAGUGACAUGGGGGGUGAUCACAUUGUGUUCGAUAGUAUCCGAAGAUUCUCAGGUCUGGAAAGGAACAUUGUGUUUGGGAUCCAUCCAAGCACCAUGGAGCCAGCUAUCUUAUACAACAUUCUUGUCUGUCUGGCAUCCAGAGCGAAUCAACAGCUACAUAUUCUGUGGCAGCGUGAUGUUUAAGAAGAAUUCCAAACCAAAAUGAUGAGGAUGAGGCGAUUUGGGAUUUGGGAUGAGGCGAUUUGCUCUGUCAGUAUCCAUGGGUGGCAGUCUGACUGGUAUUGGAAGAAACUUGUCUUUUCCAUUCAUGGAAAAGAUUUGGGCAGAGCUGACAUACAGAAUCUGGAACUUCCCUCUCUGGCUCUCUCCUUUUAGGGAUUCCUCCCCACACUACUUCUGACAGCUAUUGUCCCAAAUUCUGACUCUGAUUCUUCCGACCAGAAUGAUAGUGAUUUUCUAAAGAAACUUUAAUCACCCUGCACAGCCCAGACUGUGACCUGCCCUUUGGCUAAAAGCCAUAAAACAACACAUUCGUCCAGUGGCCGUUGUUUCUUCUAAGUCUGGACCCUCAUAGUGUAUUUUUAAAAAAAUUUGUCCAGGAUCUAUAGUUAAUCUGCAGAAGGGUGGUCUGGUAAGGACUACUUGGCCACAUUAGAAGCAGAAUUCUUAUUUCCAGAAUUCUUGACAUUUCUCUGUGUUGCAGUGAUCCAGGAUUUGGGAGGUUCCCAAGAUAGUUCAGACAGCAACUGAGUGGGUCUUAAUAAUUUUUGGCAGAACAUAGAGCACUGUACAAGUAUUUAAUCCUUUAAAAUUGUAAGUUCCAUUUUUUUUGUCCUCAGAAUAUCCCAGAUCAAGCUUUAAUCAUGAUAGUAAGCAUUGAUUGUCACUUUACAAAGAAAUUAUAAGCCAAUAUAAAACAAAACUAGAGCCAUUUUCUCUUUCACUGAGAGCAUUAGAGACCAAAAUCUGCUUCUAAAGGUGCACACGGGUCAUUAAGUAAAUAGAACUAGGAAAAAUACAGUCUUUACAGAGGAACUUCUCAACUCUGCUCUACUUAAUGUUCUAUAACAUAUCAACUUAAAUUUUGAGUCAAGUAUAUUCUUGAACUAUAAUUUCCCCCUUUACUUUUAUAUUUUGGUGGGCCAGUCUUAAGGACUGAAUGUUUGUGUCCUUCCAAAAUUGACAGAUUGAAGCCCUUAACAUUUAGUGUGGAUGUAUUUGUAGAUUUGUAAGGAAGUCAUUAAGGUUAAAUGAGGUCAUAGGAUGGGGUCUUGAUCUCCUAAGAUUGGAGAGCUUAUAAGAGACACGCAAGAGCUCUUUCUGUCUCUUUCUCUGUUCACACACAAACAUGAGGUCAUGUGAACCCAGAGAGAGAUGGUGGCCAGUUCCAAGUCAAGAGGCUCCAAGAUGAAACAACUCCUCCUGACACCACGAUCUUAGAUUCCCAGCAUCUAGAACUUUGUGAAAUAAAUUUCUGUCCUUUAAGCCACUCAGUCUGUGGCAUUUUGUUCUUACAGCCUAAGCAGACUAACAUAGCCACAGAAUUAUUCUUCUAACUAAAACACAUACUUAAUAGUGUUAGUGUUAGUUGCUCAGUCAUGUCCGACUCUUUGUGACCCCAUGGACUACAGCUCACCAGGCUCCUCUAACCAUGGAAUUCUCCAGACCAGAAUACUGGAGUGGGUAGCUAUUCCCUUCUCCAGGGGAUCCUUCUGACCCAGGGAUCGAACCCAGGCCUCCCACAUUGCAGGCAGAUUCUUCACCAUCUAAGCCACCAGGGAAGCCCUGCUACUUAAUAACGCCAAUGCAUUUCUUAUUUUUCUGUCCAUACAAAACAUUUGAAAAAUGUUUCUAGUCUAAAAAAUAACCACAAAACAUUUGUACAACUAAUGGAAAUUUAAAACAUUACAUGACUAAUAUUCCACUUAUUACUAGUCCUAUUCUACUCCCCUUCUCCCAUCUUAUAAGUUGUGACUUUUUCUUUCUCCUGUCUGUGCUUGCACAUGGAAUUUCAUCCUCUUGACUUGAAACUGUAGGCUCUUCUAACUUCAGCAAAAUAAGGAAAAAGUGUUCUUUCUUUCUGAUUGCAUUAAAUCAGUUACAACACUGCACCAAAUAGUUAUCCUUGUAAAUGCUGUUUCUAAUAAAAUUGGUUUUGUAAGUUC